AUGAGCAGACCAAACAGGCCGAAAUCCCCAGACGAGGACGCAAUCGAUGAGGAUGACAGACAAUAUGGCGCUGGGCCCAUUGGCCUUCAAGAAAUAGACAAGCAGCCGCGGAACCACUCCAAGACGUUUCUGUUCUCUGAGCUCUUCAAGUCCUUGUUCACCCCCCUAAUGGAGUGCAAGCCGCAUAGCUCUGGUCCCAUUGCUGCCGCCGGGCGAUCCAGGCCUAGGCACCGCGGUGCUGGCGGCACCUCAACAGUAUCAUACCACGAGCAGCGCCGCCAUGUCAUCGAGCGCUUUAUGACGCGCUGGCGCGACGAGGUCGGCAAUGACUUCUACCCUGCCAUGCGCCUCAUCCUGCCCGAUAAGGACCGCGACCGCGGCGUCUACGGCCUCAAGGAGAACACCAUCGGCAAGCUGCUGGUUAAAGUUAUGAAAAUUGACCGUAACUCUGAGGAUGGUUACAACCUGAUGCACUGGAAGCUGCCUGGCCAGGGCGCCAAGGCUGGUGACUUUGCCGGCCGCUGCUUCGAGGUCGUUGCCAAGCGCCAGAUGCGCACCCAGCCCGGAAACCUUACCAUUGCCGAUGUCAACGUGCUGUUGGACCGGCUUGCUGGCGCCAGCGGCGAAGCAGAGCAGCUGCCCAUCUUCGACGAGUUCUACCUGAACAUGAAUGCCGAGGAGCUGAUGUGGCUGAUCCGCAUCAUUCUCAAAGACAUGAAGGUUGGCGCCACCGAGAGGACGUUCCUGAGCCUGUGGCACCCCGAUGCCGAGGCCCUGUUCAGUGUGUCGUCGAGUCUGAGGCGCGUGUGCUGGGAGCUGUGGGACCCCGAAAACCGCCUCGAGGAGCAAAAGACGGACAUUACGCUCAUGCAGUGCUUCCAGCCGCAGCUCGCCCAGUUCCAGAUGUCUCCCACGUUCGCCAGGCUGGCCUCCAAUCUCGGCGUCACCGAGGCGUAUCCAGUCUUUUGGAUCGAGGAGAAGCUCGACGGCGAGAGGAUGCAGAUGCAUAUGGAGGAAGAUGCCUCGGUGCCUGGCGGCUUCCGGUUUGCCUUCUGGUCCCGAAAGGCAAAAGAGUACACGCAUCUCUAUGGCAAUGGCUUGCGAGACGACAAUGCCGCCCUGACACGCCAUCUCGGGGAUGCAUUCGACAGCGGGGUCCGAAACCUCAUUCUCGACGGCGAGAUGAUCACAUGGGACCCCGAGCUCGACAAAAUGGUUGCCUUUGGUACGCUCAAGACUGCGGCCCUGGAGCAACAGAAGAAUCCAUUUCAUACGGGCCCGCGGCCUCUAUUUCGCGUCUUCGACAUUCUCCUCUUGAACGACAAAGCCCUGACCGACUACACACUCAAGGACCGUCACAUGGCUCUCGAAAGAGCUGUCCGAAAUGUAGACCGUCGGCUGGAAAUCCACCCGUAUGUCGAGGCCAAAUCCGCCGACGAGAUCGAGCCGCUGCUCCGCAAGGUGGUCGCCGAAGCCUCGGAGGGCCUCGUCCUCAAGAACCCCCGCUCACGAUACCAGCUCAACAGCCGCAACAACGACUGGAUUAAGGUAAAACCCGAGUACAUGUCCGAAUUUGGCGAGUCUAUUGACUGUGUCGUGGUCGGUGGGUACUUUGGAUCCGGCCACAGGGGCGGGACGCUGUCGAGCUUCUUGUGCGGACUGCGCGUCGGCGAGAACUUUGUCAAGACUGGCGCGAGCCCAGAGAAGUGUCUCAGCUUCUGCAAGGUGGGCGGCGGCUUCAAGGCCGAGGACUACGCCGAGAUCAGACACCAUACCGAGGGGAAGUGGAAGGACUGGGACAGCGCUAAGCCCCCCUCCGAGUUCAUCGAGCUUGGCGGCGGCGAACGCCACCAGUUUGAGAAGCCAGACGUCUGGGUCCAGCCCAAGGAUUCGGUCGUCAUCUCCGUCAAGGCCGCGUCCAUUGCCCAGUCGGAUCAGUUCGCCAUCGGCUGGACGCUCCGGUUCCCGCGCUUCCGCAAGCUCCGCAUGGAUAAGGCUUGGGACGGCGGCCUAGACAUUGACGAGCUUGAGGCGCUCAGGGGCAAGGUCAACCGGGAGGAGAAGGAGCGCAAGGCCAUGGAGAUGGAGAGCCGCAAGCGCAAGCCCACCAAGCGCAUCAAACAGGAACCGGUCAUUGCAGGAACGGACCCUUCGGCGGCGCCCGCCGAGUUCGACAUCCGCAAGCCGAAGAGCGAGCUCUUCCGGGGCCUCAACUUUUGCGUCUUGUCCGAGGCCGUGAAGCCCGCCAAGAUGUCGAAGCCCGCUCUCGAGAAGCUGAUCAAGGAGAACGGCGGCCGCAUUCACCAGAGCGUCGACAGGGGCUCGGGGAUGAUCAUAGUAGCCGACAAGAACGUCGUGAAAGUAGCGAGCCUGAAAAAGGCUGGCGACGCGGACAUUGUGCGGCCAAAGUGGAUCUUCGACUGUCUCGCCCAGUCCGACGGCGAGGGCUAUCUGGUCCCCUUUGAGAAGGGCCACCUGCUCCACGCCACCGAAUCAAUGGCGGCGGUGGCGGAGAAAAACACGGACUGCUUUGGCGACAGCUAUGCGCGCGACAUUGACGUGGCGGAGCUGGUCGGCAUACUCGACCACAUGCCGACGACCGGCCGAAACGACGAGGAGGACGAAUUUGAAGACAGCAGCAGCGUGGCGUUCGAUGCCGGCCGCUUCCUAGACCAGCUCGAGGAGCACGGCCACGGGCUCGACGACCUGAAGAGCUUCCUCUUCCGGAGGUGCCGCGUGUAUUUCGCUCUGGGCCAGGGCGUCUCAGAAGGCCAGGCGCUCAAGCUGCGCAAGCACGUCCUGUUCGGCAACGGGCACGUCACAAGCGGCGUAGAGGACGAGACGGUCACCCAUGUCGUCAUCAUUGGGAAGGACGCCGCGUCGGAGCGUGAGGCCGCCGCAGACGUGCGGUACCGCGUCUCGGCGCGCAGUGCUGUCCCCCGCAUUGUCACGCAGCGGUGGGUCGAGGACUGCUGGGGAGAGGGCACCCUGGUAGACGAGGAGGAAUAUGCGCCGAGCUAG